AUCUCUGAGGGCGCCUCUGUGGGCGUUCAUCUUUCGGACGAGAUGCUUACGAACCUUAAUCACUACAUUGAACGGGUGAAAUCUACUCACGAUGAUGACUCGAUAGAUCGCUUGAAUUAUGUAACAACGAUCUAUGUUCUUCUUGGCUUUGCACUUACGCUGUUCGCCAAGAACUACGUCGGAGAACCAAUGCAGUGUUGGGUUCCCAAUCAAUGGACGGGCACGUGGGAGGCGUUCUCUGAAUCCUACUGCUUUGUAGAGAAUACUUACUUUGUGCCAAUGAAUCAUAGUAAUCUACCACCAGCAGAUACAAGAGAAGGCCGAGAGAUGAUCUACUACCAAUGGGUUCCAUUCAUUCUGUCCCUCAUGGCACUUUUCUUCUACAUUCCUCGUGGAGUUUGGAAUAUUUUUUCUUCUUAUAGCGGUCUCGCAUUAGCUGAUCUCAUGACAGCAGCAAGAAAAUCUGCGAAGACUGGAGCCGACGAUCCAUAUAUCCCAUCAAUAGCACGCACGCUUCAAAAAGUGCACACAUCGAAAGUUGUCCGAUAUGGUUCCAGUCUUUUCAACCUCUACAUAAUAAUGAAGGUGUUGAUUUUUGGUAACUUGUUGCUGCAGUUCUUCUGCUUAAACCAUUUUCUUGGCACUGAGUACACCUUCUGGGGACUUGGUAUAGCGCUUGAUAUGCUUCGAGGACGACAAUGGCAACAGAGUGGACAUUUUCCCAGGGUGAACAUGUUCAACGAAAAGAUCUUCAUAUUCUUGUGGUUUUGGUUCGCUUUGCUGCUCUUCUUCACUUUCAUAAAUCUAUUCACUUGGAUUCGUCGACGAUUCAGUACGUCUGCUAGGAAAACGUUCCUUUUCAACGUUUUGACGGACAGUGGACUCGACACCACCGAGGCCGAACGAGAGGAGUUCUAUCGGGACGUGGUGCAAGACGACGGUCUGCUGGUGCUGUUACUACUUGAUGCUAACGGAGGUCGUCUUCAAUCUGGAGAACUUGCUCACCAGUUGUGGACCUCGAAAUUUCCCCAACACGAUGACAAAACGAUCUCUACUGUUGCCGAAGAAGAAGCCAUGAACUUGAACAAACAACUAUGGGAUGAAAACUAUCCAAUCAGUGCGUGUGUUUGUCUCUCUCUUUAUACACUCUAUGUCGAAGGCAGUCUUGCGUCUCGAACUGACUAUCUAAAGCCUUCGACACAGGAAAGGUCUCAUCAAAAUAAGAGUCAUAUUCGUAGGUUGAAAUACGUCUAUACUCCGUGGAUUCUCUGUGGGACGGCAUUUCUAAUAUUUGCACACGAAUAUGUUGGUGAACCGAUUCAAUGCUGGGCGCCGAAACAAUGGGCAGGAGGCUGGGAGCAGUACGCUGAGCAAUUCUGCUUGAUAGAGAACACCUAUUUUGUGAAGAUGAACGACUCAAAUCUGCCAGCUGCACAAGAAAGAGAAGAUCGAGAAAUUCGAUAUUACCAGGUGACAUUUUGCGAUCUAGAAGUACGUGAACUCGGUGGUGCCGUCCACAGAUGGUCCUUGCAAUGUGUACUCGUGGUAUUGAUCAACAUGUUCAACGAGAAGAUUUUCGUCUUCUUAUGGUGGUGGUUCUGCAUGCUCCUCUUCAUUUCCAUUCUCAACCUCUUCCGUUGGCUCAUUCGACUCUCGUUCGAUGCUCAACGGUCAUUCAUCACAGCCGUUCUGGAAUCGACAAUCGACGACGACAUUGACGCCAGAGAAGUGAGCGAAUUCUGUAGAAAGAUGCUGAAAGCUGACGGCGUAACAAUAGUACGUCUUAUCGAGGAAAACGCUACCAUCUAUCAGAGACCGCAACCGUUACGGAUUAACAAUUUCAAUAUGGCUACUGUCAGCUACAAAGUGUCAAAGAGUUUUCUGCCCACAUAUAAGAAACCUCACAAAAAAGGCCACUUUGCACUUGUGCCGAAUGUGGCCGAAUUCUGGGACUAUUGGAAGCGCGAGAUGAUUAGGAAUGUUCAUGGGUGCACGUAG